AUGAAGAAUUGUCCUAUAUAUGCCAUUGUCAUAACUGUGAAGCUAUAUAUAAGAGGCGAUAAAGGAAGUCUCAGCAGUACCAACCCCAAAGACAUUGCUCUUCAGUUCCGACCAAGCUUGAAUUGGGAGGAAUUGAAGAUGGCUUUGAGGGGAGUUCUGCUGCUUCUUUUUGGUGUGUUAUUGUGCGUUAACGUUGAUGGCUUACAAGCAGUACAAGUAGUAGGGAAUGGGACGCUCCAAUUAGGGUAUUAUCGCACUACUUGCCCUCAGGCAGAGAGCAUAGUGAAAGAGGAGGUUGCCAAGGCUUUGAGCACCAAUUACGGCCUUGCAGCUGGUCUUGUUAGAAUGCAUUUUCAUGAUUGUUUUGUCAGGGGUUGUGAUGGCUCAGUUUUAAUUGAUUCAACGUCUAAUAAUGUGGCGGAGAAAGACGCCCCACCAAACAAUCCAAGCUUGCGGGGUUUUGAAGUGAUUGACAGUGCAAAGGCUCGUCUUGAAUCUCUCUGUAGUAAAGUUGUAUCUUGUGCUGACAUCCUCGCUUUUGCUGCUAGAGAUAGUGUUCAAUUUAGUGGAGGGCUCCCUUAUCAAGUCCCAGCUGGCCGUAAGGAUGGGCGAAUCUCUCAAGCUACUGAGACUAUAAGCCUUCCUCCUCCUACCUCCAACCUAAGCCAACUAACACAGAUGUUUGCCAAUAAAGGACUUAACCAAGGAGAGAUGGUAACCCUCUCAGGAGCACAUACUAUUGGACGCUCCCAUUGUUCGUCCUUUAGCAAGCGGUUGUACAACUUCAAUACUACAGUGAGUCAGGAUCCCAGUCUUGAUCCCGCAUAUGCCACACAACUAAAACAACAAUGCCCGAACAGCAGUGUUAGUGCCAACUUGACCGUGCCCAUGGAUCCGCGCACCCCGAACCUGCUGGACACCAGCUACUACAGUGGCAUACUAGCCAACCGUGGGCUCUUUACCUCUGAUCAGACUCUGUUGUCGAACGCUUCCACUGCUGCAUUGGUGCAGCAAAAUGCACGUAAUUGGUGGCUAUUUCAGAGCAAGUUUGCGGCAGCUAUAAUCAAAAUGGGGCAGAUUGAUGUGCUUACUGGAAGUCAAGGAGAGAUACGGGCCAAUUGCAGGAGGAUCAACUGA